CAGACGCGCGAGACGGUGCACGGCUAUUGAUCGAUCGAUGAGGCGAGGCGAGGGCGGCAGGGUAGUCAGCGGCGCUUGCGCCCGUGUCAGUUGCACGCCAGCGCAGUUCUGCCCGAGGAUCCGACCGAUAGCCAAGACGAGGACGAGCCAUGGCACGACCACGAGCAUUCCCUAGCCUUGGCUGUCUGCUGUUAUUGGCCCUGGGCGGCUCGGCCAUCCAGCUGCAGCAGCAGCAGAAGACAACCACGACGACCUCUUCGACCACGAGCGGACCGACUACGGCGACGGAGCCGGCGGCGGCGGCGGCGGCGCCGGCGGCAGCAGAGCCCAGUUCCCAGCCGAGUGGCAACAGCGACGAGCCCUUUACCACCAAGCGCAACGCUCAGGUCUUCUUCGAUCUGCCGAAGAACAGUCCGUUCCCUCUGCCGGUGGCAAACGAGGUGAAGCCGACGGCGUCGCUGAGCAAUGCCGCCUCCAAGUCCGCCGGCGGGGCCGGGGCUGCGAAGCCGGCGGUGGCGGCAGCGGCGCCGCCGACCACCGUCAAGCCGACGACGCCGCCGCGUCGCGGCACCGCCGAGCUGCCGCUCUACCGACUGAACAGCAGCAACGGACAGGCCUGCAUCCUGCUGCAGGUGGACGCCCUCAUCACCAUCAAGUACCGCACGAAGCUCGGGGAGGAGAAGGAAGCCGACGUUUACGUGCCCAACGGCGCCACGGUCACCGGCAGCUGCGACAACGAGAACUUCGUCGUCAUGUCCUUGAAGUGGGACACCUUCAUACUGUCGUGGGCCUUCGCGAAGACCCCCGGAGGCGAACGCUGGUACGUCGACAAAAUCGAGCUGACCUACAACACGAGCGACAAGCACUUCGAGCACAUCGACCAGCCGAGUAAAACCGUGAGAGUGAACAACGCGCAAAGGCAUCACAGUUCGAUGCUGUUUCCCACUCCUGUGGGCAAGUCGUACGCCUGCGACGAGGAACAGGAGAUCGCCCUGACGGACGGCAAGGUCCACGCCAGCGUGCUGCUCAGGACCAUGAAGCUUCAGCCUUUCAAGUUCAAGAGCAACGAUUUCGCCAGCGAGUUCUCCUGCUCGGCGCUCUACGCUCGGGCGAACCGCGACGAAACUGCCCCGGUAGCUGUGGGCUCUACCCUGGCCGCCGUCGUACUCCUCACCAUCACCGGCUAUGCCGGCUGGCGUUACUUCAAAAUCAAGAAAGUCAAGUACGACACCAUGGAGUAAUUUGCACCUUCCACACCUUUGCCGUUGUCCAAGCUUUCUUCCUUCCUCCCUCCCUCCCUCCCACCCUCC